UUCUUAUAAAUACGACCACAUUCAGAAGAGGCGGAGAUAUUUGUUUCGGCAGGCUUUUCCGGCGAGGGGUUCUGCAUCGCGUCACCUUCCUCUCCCACAAGAUCUUAAUGGAAUCCUCGUCGGUGCCGCCCACCACCUCCGGCGAAGCCCCGUCAGCUUCCAACCCGCCGCCCACCACCUACGUUCAAGCCGACGCCAACACCUUCAAGGAACUCGUUCAGCGCCUCACCGGACCCCACGAAGACCCCCCAACUACUUCCACUCCCAUCCCAAAGCUCGCCGGCGUCCGCCGCCCCGCCUUCAAACUCCAUGAACGGCGGCAAGCCUCCCGGUCCAAGCUCGCAGUUUUGAAGCCCCUAGUCAGCCCCCGCCCUCCUGCUGCCGAGUUAAUGUUCUCCUCGCCCGGCCGCCUCAGCCCCAUCGUCUCCCCGUCCACACAAUUGUCGGUGCUUUCUAUCUCUGAGGGAUGCAAGUCACCACCGCCUCCGCAACCUCCGCCACCUCCGCCACUUCCACCAGCAGCUGCGGCCCCCGAACUGAACGAGGAUGAAGAGGAGAAGGCGAUUAGGGAGAGGAGGUUCUAUUUACAUCCGUCGCCCCGGUCUCGAACGAGAAGCGCUGAGCCGGAGCUGCUGACGUUGUUCCCACUAAACUCGCCGAGUGCCAAGCGAGGAAGGUGAUGAUUUGCCGAUGCUUUAACAACCCAAAAAUCAAUAAUAUCAUUCAACAUAUAACAUAAAAUAUUACCUUUGUGCUAUUUCUUUGCAAUUUUUUUGUAUGUUAUAUGUUGAAUUUACGUCUCAACGUAUUGGGUGAUUAAAGUUAUAAAAUUAAUAUUGUUUUGGCGAUCGGAUUGAUAGAUAUGUAAGUUGUUGGGUUUUUAUGUAAUUGUUUGAUUUGCAUUGUUAUUUUAUUAUGGUAGGGGGAGUACUUGCAUUGUUUCAUUCAAAAGGAAAAAAAUAAAUUGGAUGAUUGAAUUUA